UUUCUUUAUCCUCUUUGCUCUGUCUUCCUUGACAUUUCCCCUUCUUCAUGUUCUUCAUGAGUUCAUUAACUAUAGUUUUAAAAAAUAAAAUUUGUAACUUCCCCCUUGUUACGUUUUUCGUUGCAUUUCGUACCAAGAAAGAGUAAAAGCCCCAAUUUUUUUUGUCUGAUUCCUCCAAUUUUUAAACUUUCGAAAUUAGGGUUCAUAAGUUUUUUUUUGCUCAAUCAAAUUACCUGUAAGUUAGAAAUUUUGGAGUCACUAGACUGCAACAAUUAACUUACUUUCAAUCAACUAAUUAUGUAAAUUUCAAUCACAUCAAUCAACUAAUUUUCAACUCCCACCGAUUAACUAAACUUAAAUCACAUCAUAAACUUAUUUUCAAUUUCACAUUCAUUUUCACAUAUUGUAAAUUCAAAUAAUAAUAAUAAAAAAAAACUAACCCAGUAAAAUUACACUGCAAGAAAGCAAGAGUUGCAGCAACAACAAUUGGAACAACUAGAAAAAAUUUGAAAUAAGCAUGGCCUUCAGCAUAAUCAUCCAAUAAAGAGGGUUUAACAACUUUCUCCAACUCGGCGAACUGACUCGGGUCGAGUGACUCGAACGAGUCGGCAAAUUGAAAUACGGUUCGCACUCCGGCGGAGGAGAGAGAAUCCACAUAGCGUCCAGAUUCAAUAAGGGAGACGAUAUUGUCAAUAAGGAGGUGAAAGGCCAUAAAAGACGGUGUAUCGUGCAGGUGAAGGAAACUGGCGGGUAUGAGACAUUAGUCGUAGAAGGGUGCAAUGCAAGAGACGAAGCUCAUAGACAAGGAGGUGAUGCACUCCAAUUUUCUCCAUUGAAGAGAGAGAAAAUUUGUUGCCAAAACAGCCAGAGGGAAAUAUUUUAAAAAAAAAGUUGUUUUUAUGGGUCACGUGGAUUUUACGUGAUGGUCAACGCCGGAGAUAUGAGUUUGAGUGUCGGAAAAUGGUUCUUGGUCCCUAUUUACAACAAAAAAUCUGAUUUGGAUUCUAUCUCACAACUUUAUUUUUAAAAAGUCCUUUAUCACAAUUUUCUGAUUAUAAAAGGUCAUUUAUGACAAAAUUUCCCUAUUAUCUAUUACUAUGUACAACAUUUUAAUUGAUACGGAGUACCAAAUAAUUUUAAAGUUGAAAAAAUAAUUCAAAAUAACAAUGACGGUGAGCUGGUGGAAUGUUUGGAACUGAAUGGGCACGUGUAGCUUUUUGGUCCACGUCAAUAGUUUAUUACGCAAGACUAAAAUUGUAGUUCAUAAAUUGUUUUUCUCCAUCUAAAACUAAAACCCCAAAAAGGGCGCCACUUUCCACCGUCUUUUCGGGUAUUCUACUACAAAAUUGAACUCCAACGUAACUCUAAGAGAGAUGUUUUCUAGAGGUUGUUCCCGGAUUUCGAGGAUUGGGUUGAAUCGAUUUCGAUGGCGUUAUCCUUGUUUACCAGCUUCAAAUUCAGCUGUUGCCGCAUAUCAUCAAUUGUUAUGCAACUCUAAUCCCACAAUCACUCCUUCGUUGUCCAAGUAUGCCUGGGGAUCUAUAGGAAAUACAUCUUGCAGUUUCAGUCAUGAUGCAAGACAUCAUAUUCAUUGUAAUGCAACGCCCACAGUUGAGAUUCAUAUCAGAGUAGUUGGUGACCAGUUGACCUGGAUUACCUCCAACUCAUUUCUGAUGAGAUCAAUUCUCUCAUCAAGUUUAGAAUUACUUUUGCAGGACCAAUCUGAUCCAUUUUCCCUCGUUGCCGACGAGUUAUCACUCUUAGCCGAUAGAUUGCGGUCAAUGGUAGUCGCAGAGGUCCCUAAGUUGGCAUCCGCUGCUGAAUAUUUCUUCAAAAUGGGAGUUGAAGGAAAGCGCUUUCGCCCUACGGUUUUAUUAUUGAUGGCAACAGCUUUAAACAUGCCUGUAUCUAUGUCUUCUGCUGAUAGACUAUCACCUGCUAGAGUAGUUGAUAAUUUGGAAACACAACUUCGUAGAAGACAACAGUGCAUUGCAGAGAUCACAGAGAUGAUCCAUGUGGCAAGUCUUCUUCAUGAUGAUGUGUUGGAUGAUGCUGAUACAAGGCGUGGUGUUAGUUCAUUGAAUUCAUUGAUGGGGAAUAAGUUGGCUGUUCUAGCGGGUGAUUUCUUGCUCUCUAGGGCUUGUGUAGCUCUAGCCUCCUUACAAAAUACUGAGGUCGUGUCGUUACUUGCCAAGGUUGUAGAGCAUCUUGUCACUGGUGAGACAAUGCAAAUGACAACAACAUCUGAGCAGCGUUUAAACAUGCAGUAUUACAUGGAGAAGACCUACUACAAGACAGCAUCAUUGAUCUCAAAUAGCUGCAAGGCAAUUGCUCUUCUUGCGGGACAUACUGCAGAAGCUGCAACGUUAGCUUACGAGUAUGGGAAAAAUCUGGGAUUGGCGUAUCAACUGAUAGAUGAUGUUCUUGAUUUCACGGGGACAUCUGCAUCACUUGGAAAGGGUUCACUUUCUGAUAUUCGUCAUGGGAUCAUCACAGCCCCUUUGUUGUUUGCCAUAGAAGAGUUCCCUCAGUUGGGUGAAGUUGUGCAGCAAGGCUUGGAAAACCCUGCAGAUAUAGAUCUUGCUCUGGAUUACCUAGGGAAAAGUCAAGGAAUACAGAAAGCGAAGGAAUUAGCAAUAAAGCAUGCAAACCUAGCGGCUGAAGCUAUUGAUUCUCUACCGGAGAGUGAUGACGAGGAUGUUAGAAGGUCAAGACGUGCACUUAUAGAUCUUACACACAGAGUCAUUAACAGAACAAAGUGAAAAAAACAUAACUUAAAGCCUCUGAAGCCCACAAUUUGUUCAAUCUAUUUAUAUGUUCAUGUAUAAUGGGGUGGUAUCAAGGAUACCCUUUUGCCUCAAUAUUCUUUCACAGGUUCAAACAUGUUCUUUUGCUGAAAUUCAAAGCAAAGGCUUAUGCAUAAGAAUUUUAGUUAGA